AUGGAGGAGUAUCUACAGCUUGGUCACAUGCAGGAAGUACCAGAGCCUGUAGAUGAUCGAAUUGAACACUCCUACAUCCCCCACCACGUCGUCUUCAAGGAAUCCAGCACUACCACGAAGGUCAGGGUAGUUUUCGACGCGUCAUGCAAGACCUCGUCCGGCUAUUCUUUGAACGACACGCUCCUUGUUGGACCAGUCGUCCAGCAAGACCUCUACUCCAUCUACACGAGAUUCCGGACAAAACGCAUUGCCAUAGUAGCAGACGUCGAGAAGAUGUACAGGCAGGUAUUGCAUCAUCCCGACGAUCGCCGUCUCCUUCGAAUCCGCUAUCGCAGAUGUCCAUCCGAUCCGAUCGCUACGUUCGAACUACAGACCGUGACAUACGGUACGGCUAGCGCACCGUACCUUGCAACGAAGACACUCCAGCAGAUUGCCAUCGACCAGGCGGAGUUCUAUCCUGCUGCUGUCAACCCAGUGGUGAAAGAUUUUUACGUUGAUGAUCUAUUGUCCGGUGCAUCUAACGUGGAAUCCGCCAAAGCAUUUCAUCUUCAAGGCACUGCCAUGCUCGGUUCCGCUGGAUUUUCGCUGAAGAACUAG